CUUCUUUGCCGGUGUCACAGCUGAGUUCGCUGAGUCAGGCUGACUUGAAGAGACUAGCGAGAACCUGCUCCACACAACCUUCAGACUCACUACUUGGACUCAAGAAGCUACAUUAAAGCUGAGCUGGUUGAGUCCUCCAGAAGGUGUCAGAUAUCAGGGAACGUAGCUGGUCGAGAUCAACUUUACUCAAGACUGAAGAGCCUUGGUCUUACUGGCAAACGACCGGAAACCGUUGAUUUUUGUGAAGAGCGUAAAGAUGCAGGAGAAAGGCUUCUUCACCCAAAGGAAAGCGGCAGUGGCACUGUGCAUUGUGCUGCUAAUGCUGGCUCAGCAGGUGUGUGCAGGUCCGUUGGUCCCACAGGUCCAGUCCAGUGCUGACCGGAAGGCAGACUCAAGCGGCCAAACUCUGAGGAGGACAGCUCGGAUGACCCCGCUGUGGAGGAUCAUGAAUAGUAAACCAUUUGGAGCUUACUGCCAGAACAACUACGAAUGCUCCACAGGACUCUGCAGGGCGGGACACUGCUCUACCACCCACCGCUCCCCCUCAGAGCCUGUGAACUACUAGAUGGCCCAGGAGACACAACCGGUGCGUUUACAUGAAUGUGGCGGCCAUAAUCCUUAUGAAAGGUUCUCAUUACUUGGAUCAUCCACUUAUCCAGGCUUUAUUAUUAUUUUUAAAUCCGUUUUAUAUUUAUAUGUGCCAAUACGUUGCUGAUAAUAUCUAAAUGUUUAUAUGAAUUUACACUGCAGGUAGUAGAUACAUCCAAGAAAAGGCAUGUCAGGGAAGAAAUAAAGACUAAAAUUUGAAAUAUCACUCAAAUGAAAAUAUUGCAGGAGGAGAGUUUUGAAAGUGCAAAACAUGGAAGAAGGGAGUAAUUUAGCCUUGCAUACUUGAUGUUUUUCAUGAUGUGAUCAUCAACAAUGGUGCAAACAACUAAAACGUAACGUUAGCCUACUUGUUUCACACUGAUAUGGAGCUCAAAGCUGAGACUUAGUGAUUCAAAAUGAAAUCAAAAGUACCAUUUCAUCCCGCUAGUUACUGUGGCUGUACCUUCACAAAUUAUAUACCGUAAUCAAGUCUGACGUCUGCAUAACUUGAUAACAAGGCUCUACUGGCGACAGCUCAUUGUUUUCAUGAUAGUAUGACGCCUUGUUAUCAGACAUUGAAGCCCAGAUGUCACUAGCGUGCUAACACGCUAAUCGCGAUUAGCAUCACAACUUUUGAAGUCGUACAGUAUUAAAACUACACAACCACUUAUUUAGCUUCUAGAUUACAAUAAGUCAUCAGACAGGUGGGGUUACUCUUUGUUAACCGACAUUAUACACAUAUUAUUUAAUUCUCUACCAACAUCAAGUUUUUUCACAUAGCUAACGUCAAGCUAACGUUAGCUGAGUGUGCUUUAAAUCUGACUAGCCUGUAGCAUGUAGGCUAGCUCAUCCGGUGGUACUCUGUAACUUGGCUAAAACUUGAUUGAAAAGAAAAGCAAGAGUACUUACAAUAAAAACUUGAUUCAAGAAAACAGCAAGAGUAGCCUAAGUCUUGAGUAGAAUUCGUCUAGACAAACAGAACCCGAAAAAAAGAAACUGCACUGGUAACAAAAACCAGUUUAAACUGUCAGUAAAAGAAAGUCGUCACAGCAUGUUUGUCCUGAUUUGUUAUUAAUUCCUGCUUCUGUUAUAGCAACAAUUGGUUAUCUUAAACACAAAAAUCUUUAAAUAUGACACAUAUUUAACAGUCACUCAUAAAUUAUGACAUAUAUUAUAUUAUAUCUAUUGCUAACAGCAGGAACAUCAUCAAUCUGAAUCAUUCGUAUUAAUCAACAGGCCUUAGAAAUCUCCAACAGGCAUACAAAUGCACUUGUUAUCCACCUAAACAUCUAAACAUAAUUUAACUGACUUGCUGGAUCACAGUCAACUGUCAGAGGCAAAAAGUGUUCAAAAGAGGAAAAGGAUUGAUAAAGCAAAGUAGGAAAAAGGGCAUGAAAGGGGAAACAAAAAGGGAGGAGAUAAGAUAAAGCAGAAGCAUCAGACGUUACAAAAUAUUGAUGCAAUUUCGAUUUCAACAUCCUUGUGUUUUUUGUUCUAGUUUUAUCUUUAGAGCGUUAUUUUUAAGAAGGCAGAGCUUCUUGUCAAAGUUAGUGAUGGCAACAUUAUUCAUAACAUGUAAUGCAUGCAUACUGAUUUGGUGUAAUGCAAUGAUUCUCAUAUUUCUUUUCAUAAUUUAUUUUAUUCUCAGUUUCCAAAUUAUAAUUUUUUUUAAAUGUACCAAUUUACAUCAUUUUAUGUAUGUAUUUCUUUAUUUUGUUUUUUAAAUAUAUUUGUUUAUGUUAUUUUUAUGGUUUGUUUUAGAAUAAUCAAUCACACUAACUGGAUUUUGUUCAACUUUUUCAGUGGGAACUUUUAGAUAUCUACUUCAGUCAAUCUUAAAUGUGUAGGCUAACCAAUUUAACAAAUAUCUUGGCCAAGUGUACAAAUAUUAGCAACAGAUUCAUAAUAACGAGCUGCACAGCUUUGUUUUGUUUUGCACAUCCAUCUCUUCAAAUUAAUAAGCGACCGUGGAUUUCGCUUCAACUCGCCUGCAUAGUUUACUUCAUGCACAGAGCAGGUGGUUGCUGAUAUUUUGUACACUCAUCAUGUUUGAGAAAUGUUUUACUAGGAUUGCACUUUUAAACCCAAAUUAUCUUUGUACUGUGUACUAUCUACUGUACUGUAUAACUUACAUGUAGAAGGCUGGAGAAAAGUGAAAUAAAGCAUUUGAAAAAAUUCAA